UCGUUCGCUCUCUACACGCUAGCUACCAGCUGGCACGUGUUUGCGCCAUAGCCAAUCUAUUCAGUUCAUUGAGUGCAGGCACUCGCCACUCUCAUCGGAUUCACACACAUAAUACAUACAUACAUACACAUGGCAAUUCUCGACGUCGACCUGGCCACUCCUCCCUGUCAUGCUCAUGCUCGUCAGCAGCAGGCACACGCAGACGAGCAGCAGGACGCCGGAGAGGAGGAGGACGAGCAGCUGCUGCUCCUCAAGGGCGUGCGACACCUGUGCGAGCGCGGCACCAUUACGAAGCUCCCCGCUCGCUACGUCCUGCCGCCCUCCGACCGUCCAUCACCCGGCGACGACGAGCAGCCACCACGCAGCAGCUGCGUGUCGUUCCCCGUCAUCGACCUGGCCCGGCUGCGCGUGCCGGCGGAGCGCGCCGCCGCCCUGGCCGAGCUGGACGCGGCCUGCAGGGACUACGGCAUCUUCCAGGUGGUUGGCCACGGCGUCGACGGCGGCGGCGGCGGCGCGAUGCUGGACGUGGCGCGCCGCUUCUUCGACCUGCCCUUCGAGGAGCGCGCGCGCUACAUGUCCGCCGACAUCCGUGCCCCCGUGCGCUACGGCACCAGCUUCAACCAGCUCAACGACGGCGUCCUCUGCUGGCGAGACUUCCUCAAGCUCGUCUGCUCCGACGACCUCGCCGGCGUCGUCCCGUCGUGGCCAGACGCGCCCACUGAUCUCAGGAAGGUGGUGUCGGCGUACGCGCGGUCGAGCCGGCGGCUGUUCAAGGAGCUCAUGGAGGCGUCGCUGGAGGCGCUAGGGAUCCGGUCCGGCGCCGCCGCCGAGAUGCUGGCGGACUGCGACGCCGGGUCGCAGAUGCUCAUGGUCAACUGCUUCCCGGCGUGCCCGGAGCCGGACCUCACGCUGGGGAUGCCGCCGCACUCGGACUACGGCUUCCUCACCGUGCUCCUGCAGGACCAGGUGAAUGGCCUCGAGGUCAGGCACGCCGACAGGUGGGUCCUCGUCGACCCUCUCCCCGGCUCAGUCGUCGUCAACAUCGGAGACCACUUCGAGAUGUACAGCAACGGGCGGUACAAGAGCGUGCUGCACCGGGUCCGCGUGAACUCGUCUCGGCCGCGCAUCUCGGUGGCGUCGCUGCACGGCCUGCCGCCGGAGAGGGUGAUCGGGCCGGCGCCGGAGCUGGUGGACGACGACAAGAACCCGAGGAUGUACAUGGACACGGACUUCGCCACCUUCCUCGAAUACCUCACCUCGGCCGAGGGCAAGCACAAGUCCUUCCUCCACACCAGGAGACUCAUCACCAGCUGAUGUUGAUACCAGCUGGACGCAUUCUUCUUGCCAGACGCCAGCUGUCGGCAUCAGGAAGAGAAAAGUCAACACGCAUGUGAACACGUAUGUGCCUGUGGUUGCGGGCCAACAGGUUGACCGGUCAAACCCGUCGCGCGCCGUUUAGCGUCCCGGACUGCGAGACUGGUCGUGCUCCUCUCCCUCCCAUCAGGAUUGCUGCUUUUUUGUGUACCCUACCUACUAGCCAGUUAAAUAAAUAAAGAAACAUGUAAAUCAGGAAGCCGCAUUGACCAAAUUUAAAGCUACGAAGCCUCGUCAUCUGGAACUAGAGAGUGUUGGAUCAGCAGCUAAAAAGCCCGUGCAAGGUCAACCAAAUUGUUACUGUAUAGUGGAGUAUUACGAGUGGUAUCUACAAGGUCUUGGUGAGAGUUUUAUUCGCAUUUAAUAAAUUACCACGAAGAUAUUUUUGAUAA